ACUUAUCCUGAAGCUCCAGAGCAAGCGUUUUUUACUUCUUCGCCGGGGACGCUGCUGUGUAACCGCUACCUUCUUUUUGCAUUCUCCUCUGCUCGGUCUGCCGCUGAGAUUAGAAAGUAUUAUGAGGGAGGCCGAGGACCCCAUGCUCCGGGCAGAGAAGCGGUGCUGGGAUUAGGGGUUGCCACUUCUGAGAGGAUGCUGGGAAUCUGCAGAGGGAGACGGAAAUUCCUGGCUGCCUCGCUGACCGUUCUCUGCAUCCCAGCCAUCACCUGGCUUUACCUGUUCGCCGGGAGCUUGGAAGAUGGGAAGCCGGUGUCCCUGUCGCCGCUGGAGUCGCAGCCGCACAGCCCCCGGUACGCCGCCGCCGGCCAGCGGGAGCGCGAGAGCCUGGAGGUGCGCGUGCGCGAGGUGGAGGAGGAGAACCGCGCGCUGCGCCGGCAGCUCAGCCUGGCGCAGGGCCGCGGCUCGGCGCACCGCCACGGCAACCACUCCAAGACCUACUCGGUGGAGGAGGGAACCGGGGACAGCGAGAACCUCCGCGCCGGCAUCGUGGCGGGCAACAGCUCCGAGUGCGGGCAGCAGCCGGUCGUGGAGAAGUGUGAGACAAUCCACGUUGCUAUCGUCUGUGCCGGGUAUAAUGCCAGCCGCGACGUUGUCACCUUGGUCAAGUCUGUCCUGUUUCACAGGCGGAACCCCCUGCACUUCCACCUCGUCGCCGACUCCAUCGCAGAGCAGAUCCUGGCGACACUCUUCCAGACCUGGAUGGUUCCCGCCGUGCGUGUGGACUUCUACAAUGCAGAUGAGCUCAAGUCUGAAGUGUCCUGGAUCCCCAACAAACACUACUCUGGCAUUUAUGGUCUGAUGAAGCUCGUCCUGACCAAGACUCUUCCUGCCAACCUGGAGAGGGUCAUUGUCCUUGACACAGAUAUCACCUUUGCGACCGACAUUGCAGAGCUAUGGGCCGUGUUCCACAAAUUCAAAGGUCAGCAGGUCCUGGGCUUGGUGGAGAACCAGAGUGACUGGUACCUGGGAAACCUGUGGAAAAAUCACCGCCCUUGGCCUGCCCUCGGAAGGGGCUACAACACAGGAGUGAUCCUGCUGCUUCUGGAUAAGCUACGGAAGAUGAAAUGGGAGCAGAUGUGGAGGCUGACCGCAGAGAGGGAGCUGAUGGGCAUGCUCUCCACCUCCUUAGCUGACCAGGAUAUUUUCAAUGCCGUCAUCAAACAGAACCCCUUCCUCGUGUAUCCGCUCCCCUGCUUCUGGAACGUGCAGCUGUCGGACCACACCCGCUCUGAGCAAUGCUACAGGGAUGUGUCUGAUCUGAAGGUCAUCCACUGGAACUCCCCCAAGAAGCUGCGGGUGAAGAACAAGCACGUGGAGUUUUUCCGCAACCUCUACCUGACCUUCCUGGAGUACGACGGCAACCUGCUGAGGCGAGAGCUCUUCGGCUGCCCCAGUGAAGCUGAUGUCAACAGUGAAAACCUCCAGAAGCAGCUCUCUGAGCUCGAUGAGGAUGACCUGUGUUAUGAGUUCCGGCGAGAGCGGUUCACUGUCCACCGAACCCACCUGUACUUCUUGCACUAUGAGUAUGAGCCCGCUUCGGACAACACGGAUGUCACCCUGGUCGCUCAGCUCUCUAUGGACAGGCUCCAGAUGCUCGAGGCCAUCUGCAAGCACUGGGAGGGACCCAUCAGCCUGGCCCUCUACCUGUCGGACGCCGAAGCCCAGCAGUUCCUCCGCUAUGCGCAGGGCUCGGAGGUGCUCAUGAGCCGCCACAACGUGGCCUACCACAUCGUGUACAAGGAGGGCCAGUUCUACCCUGUGAACCUGCUACGCAACGUGGCCAUGAAGCACGUGGGCACGCCCUACAUGUUCCUGUCCGACAUCGACUUCCUGCCCAUGUAUGGGCUCUAUGAGUACCUCAGGUACCACGUCUGGACUAAAGGCCACGCUCCCACAAACUUUGCCAAGUGGCGGACUGCCACCACGCCUUACCGUGUUGAGUGGGAGGCAGAUUUCGAGCCGUACGUUGUCGUGAGAAGGGACUGCCCUGAGUACGACCGGAGGUUUGUGGGCUUUGGCUGGAACAAGGUGGCUCAUAUCAUGGAAUUGGAUGCCCAGGAAUAUGAAUUCAUCGUGCUGCCCAAUGCCUACAUGAUCCACAUGCCUCAUGCCCCCAGCUUCGAUAUCACCAAGUUCCGGUCCAACAAGCAAUACCGCAUCUGUCUCAAAACCCUGAAGGAAGAGUUUCAGCAGGACAUGUCCCGCCGCUACGGCUUUGCCGCCCUCAAGUAUCUCACGGCUGAGAACAACAGCUAACACCAGGAAGCCCACCACUAGGGGGAGAGACCUGUUCUGCAGGGGGAACGCCACUCGCCGUUUGGGGCCCAGCCUUCAAACUCAAAAUUGAGCAAUGCUUUUUUGGUUUGUUUUUACUUGUCUCUUUGGCCCAACAAAGCCGCCCACACUACAGAGAUCUGGGACAAGGAUCCGGCCAGCGCCUCUCUGCUCCACAAUCUGGCACUCCCAGAAUGUGGAAGAACAGCUCGUCGACACAGUCUCUUCAAGAACAGUACACAGAGGAGUUAGAGGGAGCAAAGGGGUUAUCCGAACACAAAGCCACAAAACGAAGCAGGUCUUUAGGACGUUCUCAUUGCUUUUUAAGAAAGGGAAGUCAGGGUGCUGGGGGUUAGCCAUCCCAGGAAAUAAAAGCAAAACUGUCUCUUCGUUCAGAGGAAA